AUGCAUAUCAACAUUUUUUACCCCAUAUUAGUCCUUGCCGCUGCCAGCGUUGUGUUUGCGGCACCCCAUGCUUCUUACAGGCGCGAUCUCCUGCAAUCGCGACCGCGAGGCGUUUUUCCCAGAAAAACAGCCCGUCUAUGCCGACUCAAAAUUUAUCCAGAAUACGACUUUAAUGUCGCGCUCAGACCAUCUGUCGAAUCCAUCGUAGUCAGUGUCGCGGAAAACGAUGAUACGGUGUAUGGAGGCGCCAAACUGAAGCUUGAUUGGGAUAACACUUCCGAUCUGCCAACUCUCUCUCACAGUAGCAGACCUUAUAUCUUCAAUGUGAAGCCAAUUUCCAAGGAAAAAAAUUGUGCUCUUAACUUUAGACUGUUAGUGGGUCAAGAGAAUCUUCGUGGCAAUUAUAGAGUCUUGGAAGUGGAUUCGAAUCGGGUCAUCGCGAGCAAGGGAAACCUCGUCUCCACCAACGAAGUAUGCCAGCUUGUGGUUCGUCCUGAUAAUUACUUCGAUAACGCCCUCGAGAAAACUAUCGAAAAUAUCAUCCGUGAUGUUGCCUAUCACAAUCCCAUGGUUUAUGGUGGUAACCAACUCAAGUUUUCUUGGGACCAUUCAAAUCCAUAUCUUCAUCAGGAUGACAGACGACCUAUCAGUUUCACUUUGAAGCCAGAGACUCAGAUCGUGGAUUGUUCGCGCACUUUGGAAGUGGUGAUGAGUCGGAGAAGUCCUCACAGUAACUAUGCUUUCUCCUAUAACAACGCAGGAUCGGAAAUUGUGCGGAGGGGAGAUCCCUAUGCGGAAGUAAAUAAUGGACCACCCACUUACACACUUCAAAUGCGCUUCGAAUUGGCUGAAGAUCCAGUUGGUAGUCCAGUCGUCGAGAAUUCCGUCAAAGAACUCCUCGCCUAUGCCACAAAGGUGCACAACUUAUUUGACGGUGGCAGAUCCUUUUUUCUUCCCGAUCGUUUAGGUUUGCUUGGUAGUCCUUCCAGAGAUACUUCCAAACCUGUCCAUCUUGACAUUUACUGCGCUGUUGAGGAUGACGAUCGUUCAUCAGAUUACCAGCCUGGGUUUGAUGUAGUCAUGAGUCGGAGCAGUCCUCUCCAGAACUAUAUCAUCACAGAUCUCCGUCCAGGCAAGGACAACAAGGUAGUCAAGAAGGGGGAUCGUAAGUGA